AUGUCCAGCAGGAGUCAACCUCUACCCCCCGAGUUCAGCCACGCCAACACAGGUAGGGAUAUUGUCAUUGAUGAGAUCGUCAAUGAUGCAUCAUUCGAAUACGACGGAGAUAUUGACCACGCGCCUGCAACUUCUCACGGGACUUAUCUAGAUGGGAUAAAUGAAAGCCUCGAAUCCUUAGAGGAAUAUCAAGAUGGCGGAUACCAUCCCAUACACCUCGGUGACAUACUCGGCCCAUCUGGCCGGUAUCGUGUCAUUCACAAACUCGGACAUGGCGGCUUCGGCACCGUAUGGCUUUGUCGGGACACUCAGGAUCCUGGGUAUGUUGCUGUCAAAGUUAUGACUGGAGAUGUGACUCGAGAGUCUCUUCAAGACCUUACCUUGACGCGAUUGGAUCGAUCUGUUCCUGGCGCUGAAUAUAUUGCUAUCCCGCUCGAUUCCUUCUUUAUCGCCGGGCCAAAUGGAACACACCAGUGCAUCGUGCUGCCGGUUCUUGGCCCCUGCGUUUCGCUUCGUCUGUGGUUACGGCUGAAAAAAGAUCCUGCGCCUGUCCUCCGAGGGAUGGCUUAUCAAGCUGCCCUAGCCAUGAACUUCUUGCAUAAACACGGGCUCUGUCACGGAGAUUUCCGACCCUCCAACAUCCUUGUCAAGCUGGACAAUCUCAAUCAAUUGCCCGAGGAUGAAUUGCUCUCUCUUCUGGGUCAGCCCGAAAAGACCCAUGUACGUAGCGAGUCAGGCGAGGACCUUCCAGCAUCCUCGCCGCGAUAUCUAACAAUCCCCGCCGAUACUACGCCACUGGGCGACGAAUACCUCACCGACCAAAUCUGCGUCAUCGACUUCGGUGAAUCUUUCUCGGUCUCGUCCCCUCCAGCCGACCUAGGCAUACCCGAGAACUACCUCCCGCCCGAGGUGCUGCUCGACCAGGAGAACGCCAUCGGCCCGGCCUGCGAUCUGUGGGCACUGGGGUGCACACUCUUCGAGAUCCGCGAACAGCUUCCACUCUUCUAUAUGAUCUUCGACAAAGACGAACUACUGGCGGAGAUGGUGCGUUUCUUUGGAAAACUACCUCAGGUGUGGUGGGAUCGGUGGGAGGCCCGGGAGGACUUCUUUGACGAUCAGGGGGUAUGGCUUCGGGAUGGAGAGAAUGAGGAAGAAUGGUCUCUCGAGGUGGCAUUGAGCAAGCCCAUGGAGAUUGUCCGGCCGGGUGCAGAUUGUAACGGCGCAGCACCGACGGCCUUGAUCACGUCCAAGCCGGAGCAACGGCUCAUGGCGGAUCUUCUAUAUAGACUCUUCCGCUAUGAAGCGAAGAAGCGGCCUAGCAUCGAGGAAGUCUUAGCACAUGAGUGGUUCAAGAUAUGA